CUUGCUUGUUGUUUUGCUGAAGUGUCGACUAUAAAGAGCAGAUUAGCUGUGGCGCGUCUGUUUUACUGCUGAAACUGUAAUAAUACUCGCUCAAGAGCAAGAUUUUACUCCACAAAUUGACCUUACAAAGUGCCGCUUACAAUCAACCACACCCAGCUAAAAAGAUCCCGGUAACGGCAAAGAUGAAAUGGAUGUUCAAAGAGGAUCAUUCCUUGGAACAUCGAUUUAUAGAAUCGGCCAAAAUCCGCAACAAGUACCCUGACAGGGUCCCGGUGAUUGUUGAGAAAGUCUCCGGAUCUCAGAUAGUGGACAUCGACAAAAGGAAGUACCUGGUUCCCUCUGACAUCACGGUGGCUCAGUUCAUGUGGAUCAUCAGGAAACGCAUUCAGCUGCCCUCAGAAAAGGCCAUCUUCCUGUUUGUGGACAAGACCGUCCCACAGUCCAGCAUCACGAUGGGACAGCUGUACGACAAUGAGAAAGACGAAGAUGGCUUUUUAUACGUGGCUUACAGCGGCGAAAACACCUUCGGCUUGUAACGGAACCAAGAAGCCAUGAUAGUGACCCACAUUAUCUGCUGCCAUCUAAUCAUAGCCCUCACGCGGCCGUGGGAAACCCCCCGUGUAAACACCACAGAAUGAUGGACUAACCGCUUACCAGGCUGAAGAAAACGUAUCUGCUGACCCACUUCGCACUAGUGAUUUUUAGAUUUAGCUGUGUUUGCUUUCAUUCAUUUUCUCCGCUAUAUUGAUUUGAAAUAGCUUCCCUACUGCUUGUAUGUGUGAAUGACUUCUUAUUUGAAAAUAUUUAUGAGAAUUGUAAUAUUUUAAUUUAAGGUAAGGUAGCUGGAUGACCUAACCAAUAAAUAUAUUCAAAUUAAA